AUGCUUCAAGUACAUGUGGUAUCGGCGUCCAUGGAAGCGCUUCUAGCGGUGGGACUCGCCUUGGUUCUGCUACUUGUUUGCUGUGUUGUGGCUUGCUGCCACAAAUGUGGAUGUGCCAGCCGCCGCUCUCUGUCGAAGACGGAUGUUGAAGCAUUCAAGACCUUCACAGAACUCUACCGAUAUCGCGAGAUAGAGCUGGGUCACGACGACAUGUUUGAGGUGGAGCAUGAAACAAGGUGUUAUUGCUGGCGGGUCAUCACUGCUAAGCAGCCUGCCCGAGACUGGGCAGCUUUGCAACCACUCACAGCCUCCAGCCUAUGCGGACCCACUGCAAGGAUUCACGACGCCCUCUUGGCUUUCCAAUAUUGCGUCGUCCAGCAGCGCAAGGACAUGGCACCUCAUUACCCUUCCUUCAUCGUGGCGCAAGAGUGGCGAGAAUGGACCACCAACAGGUUUCAGCACCUUGGCUCCAUAGACGUGCAAGCUGAGUUGCUGGCGGAAGUUGAGAAACGGCUCAAGUGGUUAGACGAAGUGGAACUGGGACUUCGGGAUCCAGGCAUCAAUGAUUUGCAUGACUCCUUUGGUUGGGAUUCGAGCACCACCUCACUCUUGGAUGUCUUCACGAACGUCGUCACACCAGCUCUGAUGGAGAUCAAGACUGAGAUCGACAGACGCAUGCUGGAGGCAUCGCACGCCGAGCUUAUGAGAACCUGCGCUACGCUGGCCCGACACCUCGCUCAGGAGCUGAUGCGAUUCAUGGAAUGCCUGUUGAACACAAAGGGCUUGAGAGUCGAGUCGCACAUUGCCACAAUGAAUAUUCCGGUGACGACAGCUCAAUCUUGGGAGUUUCUUUUGGCGCAGAAGGCCGAGGCAUUCAAAGACGUUCGGCAUGUAGACGCGCUGUUGUAUUCGUGGUACCAUCUCACCCAGUCUGGCUUGGACAAGUUGCAUGACGUGGAGAGGAUGAGCCAGUCCACCGAAACCUGGGAUGGUGAAGAGUUUGUUCGGUACGCCUCCCAAUUCGACUUUGGGUUCAACUUCCAGUCUUACUUGAAGGCAGUCCGCAGCGCCAAGCACGCGCCGGGCGCGGAGGCAGCCGCCAAGAUGAAAGCUCUCAGGGCACCGCUGGCCUGGCAGUAUGCGAGGCUCAAGACUUCUCUAGAUCCAUCCUGCUUCGGUUUAGACCCCGGCGACUACGAUUUGAUCUUGGAAGCUUUGGCGUUCUUCUUUGACAGGACGGCAUUUGCCAUUUGGCAGAUGACGGCGAUCUGCUUUUUCCAGUCGGACCUUGCGAAGCUCGUGGGGCGCCUCUACAUCUUCGAGACAUUGAGUAAGGAUCACAUCCUCGACACCAUCGACUUUGCCAGCACUUUAGUGUCUCAGUUGCGCUAUCAAGUUGACUACUUGAAGCAGCAUUUCUUUCGGGGCUGGCAGAACCUUCGACGCAAUCGCCAUGCUUCGGCUUGGUCGAGCACGGAGCCUUUGGACAAUUUUCGGCUGGCGAUGCACUCGAAGAAGACCAUUGACCAACUCUUGGACAGUCUCCACCUCACUCUGCUCACGAUCUAUCAAAAGACUCGUUCUGCGAAGGUCAUGCAAGGCGUAGACAGAGAGAAGGUGUUCGACGCGCAUUUGGCGCUGUACGCAGCGAACUGGAAGGGCUGCGCCGCUUGGAAGCACAGCGGCUUGCGAACGCAUAGCCCCGACGUUCACGCUGCAGAAGAGACCAACAGCGCAUGA